AUGGGAAAGGCAAGUAAAUGGAUUAGAACCCUUCUUCUAGGGAAAAAAGAAGAGAACUUCAAGCAGAUUGAUACUUUCUGCUCGGAGAAAAAGACCGCAAACGCGGUUAAAAGUAGUAGCAGUAGUAAUAAAAUGGUAGUGAAGCGAAAAUGGAGCUUUCGAAAACUAACAGGUGGAAGAUCAACAGGAAGGAUAGUAGCGCAUAAAGUUUCCAAGUCUUUUGACUCGAUUGAUUCUUCGAAAUUGCAAAUUCAAGCUUUGAUGUUCCAAACUCAGACUCCAAGAACAACUGCUGAGUUUGUAAAAAGAGCUGCUACAAGGAUUCAAGCUUCCUUUUGCUCCUAUUUGGCAAGGAGAGCACUGCAUGCUUUAAGAGGAUUCGUGAAGUUACAAGCACUAGUGAGAGGUCAUCUUCUAAGGAAACAAACAACUACAACACUGCGAGGGAUGCACGCAUUGAUGUCUAUUCAAGUUAGAGCUCGAAUCAAAAGGAUUAAGAUGGCAGAAGAAGAAAAUCCACUCGAAAUACAACCUCCCCAACAUAUAGAAAUUCCUCAUUUCAAACCUCACAAGACACAACAAAGACAAAAUCAAGAUUCGAAGAAUAUGAGUGUGGAAGAAAUGUUGGGAGUAAUGAGGAGUAGAAGUGGCCCUCUAGAUGUAAAAAGCAGAAAACAAUCAUGGUCAUCGCCUAAUUACAUGAACAAGACAGAAUCGUCAAAGGCGAAAACAAGGUCUAGUAGUGAACCAAGACAAAGACCAAAACUAGGAACAAAGCAAAACAGUAGUAAGAGUGUUGAAGGUGGUUUGUUGAAGCAAAAUAUGUUGUCACAUUCAGCAAGGUAUGAUCAUUGGGUUGUUAAUUCAAUGAAGGAGAGUAAACGUGAUUCUUUUGAUAGCUGCAGGGUUACUACUAGUGAUGAUUCCUACUACAUGUGA